AGGGAGACACCCUGAGGCCGGGCGGGGGGACCGGAUAGAGGGAGACACCGCGCCGCCCGGACCCUUCCGGCUGACGCACACGGCAAGGGCAGACUCCCGGAGCCGCCGCUUCUCCUUCGGAUCCUGCAGAAAGCAACAAUUGUGUACCAAAGAAAUGGUGAUGGAGAAGCCAAGUCCCCUGCUUGUCGGGCGGGAGUUUGUCAGGCAGUACUACACUUUGCUGAACAAGGCACCAGACUUCUUGCACAGGUUUUAUGGUAGGACCUCAUCUUAUGUUCAUGGUGGAUUGGAUGGUAAUGGAAAGCCUGCUGAAGCGGUUUAUGGCCAAGCUGAAAUCCACAAAAAGGUCAUGUCCCUUCAGUUUAGUGAUUGUCAUACAAAGAUUCGCCAUGUGGAUGCACAUGCUACUCUAAGUGAUGGGGUGGUGGUACAGGUCAUGGGAGAGUUGUCAAACAGUGGUCGGCCAAUGAGGAAGUUCAUGCAGACUUUUGUAUUGGCACCAGAGGGUUCUGUUCCAAACAAAUUCUACGUCCAUAACGAUAUAUUCCGCUACCAGGAUGAAGUGUUCGAUUCGGACGCAGAAUUGGAAGAAGAAUCUGAAGAGGAAGUGGAGGAAGAACCAGAAGAACGUCAAUUGUCCCCUGAACCUGUGCAGGAAAAUACCAGUAAUACGUACUAUGAUGCUCACACUGUCAGUAAUGGUGUGGAGGAAACCCUGGAAGAGCCAGCUCCUGAAGCUGAGCCUGAACCUGAAUCAAAAACUGAGGAGAUAAAACCUGAACCCGAGCUGGCAGAGAAGAAUGUAGAAGAGUUGGAGGAGAAGGCUCCAUCGCCUGCCCCAGUCGAACCAGUUUCUCAAGCACAGGAAGCUCCCAAGGCUUUCUCCUGGGCCUCAGUGACAAGUAAAAAUCUGCCUCCUAGUGGUACAGUUUCUUCCUCUGGAAUUCCUCCCCAUGUUGUUAAAGCACCAGCCUCACAGCCAAGAGCUGAAGCUAAAACGGAAACCCUCACGCAGCCCCCAAGGCCUCGUGACCAGCGGCCCCGGGAGAGGCUGGGGUUAGUGUCCCGAGGACCUAGAACAGGUCGAGGAGAUAUUGAAUCGAAUGAGGUUGAGAACCGGAGAAUCAUCCGUUACCCAGAUAGUCACCAGCUCUUUGUUGGCAACUUGCCCCAUGACAUUGAUGAAAAUGAACUGAAAGACUUCUUCAUGAGUUUUGGCAAUGUGGUCGAGCUCCGUAUUAAUACAAAGAGCAGUGGGGGAAAGCUGCCCAACUUUGGAUUUGUGGUGUUUGAUGAUCCAGAUCCUGUCCAGAGAAUCUUGAGUGCCAAGCCGGUCAUGUUCCGAGGUGAGGUCCGCUUAAAUGUGGAAGAGAAGAAAACGCGAGCUGUUCGUGAAGGGGAGCGCAGAGGUGGAGAUGAUCGCAGGGACAACCGCCGCAGCGACAGGGGCUCUGGUCCGCGGAGCAUGAUUGGUGGUGGGAUGAUGCGGGACCGCGACUCCCGGGGACCCCCGCCCAGAGGUGGCAUGGCACAGAAGCUGGGUCCUGGACCUGGGAGAGGUGGGCUGCCCAGUGAAGGUCGGUUUGCUGGACCCCGUCGCUAAGCGCCACCGCCCCUGAUAUCUCGCCGGUGACACCAUACUCUUCGUUUUCUCUCUCUUUUUUGCGUUAUUGUUAAUUUUGGCUUUGGAAUGUGACACAGCCUGUUUUUCAUCUCUUUGUGAAAACAAGCCUUCUUUUUACCAGUUACAUCAAAGUGAUCAUUUUCCCUAUUUUUGGAACAGGAUUUAAGCAAAAAAAAACCAUUGUAUAAGGACUUGGAAAAAAACAAAACAAAAGGCUUUGAUUUAAUUGGAACCCAUUAUAAAGGUCUGAAGAUUCACCCAUUUAGAAACAAAAACACAACCUCGAGUUUUUGGUGCAACUUGGCUGCUUUAUUUUAUAAAUGUGUCAAGUUUCUGCCCAAUUCUAAUGAGGAAAACAAAUUGGUGCAAUUGGAGAAGCUUGCCUUGAUAUUUUUCUUUUUAGAAAUACUAGGCUCAAGAACUUGCGUUCAUGCACUCAUCAUAAUGCACUAAUGGGUACUCUUUAAAGCGUCAUUCACCAUGGCAACUGCAGGAGGAGACGGGUGAAAAUCCAACCACUGUCCACUGACAGGGAAGGAUGACUGACCAGAUGUGGGCUUUGAAUCUUAUACUUGCUGUGACCGACAUGUUUACCCACAUCUGUAAACCUUAAUGGACAAUGUUUGAAACAGUUUCAGAUGGAGAUGGAUUUUUUUUUCUCGAACUUAAAAAUUGAAAUACAAAAGCAAUUGUGAACUCAUUAACAGCCCUGAACUCGAGUUUGGUGGCACGUCCGCUAGUUUUUCUAUCUACCCCACUGCAAUACAGGGAUGCCUCGCUGCUCGACACCAAUUUUCUUGCCCUCGAUCUGUGCAGUUAUGAAUGUGCAGCGAAAAAAAAUCAUAGCUAAACUUUACUGUUUUAGUUCUUUCAACGUGUAAAGAGCAUGAUGGUGCCUUCUAUUGAUACGUCAUUCCAGUCUCACUGGCAACUCUUCUACAGAUUGUACUAACUGCUGUGUUGUACAAAGCCAAACAGCUGUAAAACCUUACGGAAUCACUAGUGUGUUGACAAAAUGCAAAGAUGUGAAAAGCUGCAGCAUCCUUGCUUGGGGGUGGGGAUGGGGGAGGAUUAAAAGGAUUGAAGAAAGAAGAAAAUUGCACAAUGUCCAUUCACCUGUUCCGAGCUAUUUGUUUUUUUUUGUACCAUUCCUACAACCUAGUGGUUGUUUCUGCAUGUUUGUGUUCUACAUUGGAAAUUAGGUAUUUAAAAUCAAAACCCAUUACUGUUACUUUCAUGGAAAAUAUGCAAAGAGUAUGGUCAUGCAUAUAACGGUUAUUUAAAGAUGUGUGCUCAUCCAUAUGAUUUUGAUCUAGUCUAUAUAAAGCAUAACCUUAAGGGAAAGCUACAUUAUGCGUAGGUUAAAACCGAUUUCUGCGUGUCCUUUCUGGAAAAAAAAAAUUAAAGGAACAACAGUUUGGCCAACUUAAAGGAUACUGCAGCUUUCAAUCCAGAAUCAGCAGCUUUUUGUGCUCCAUUUGUGCCAACAUUUGGUUUCACCUAAAUGACAGCUGGAGAAGAAGGAGCAUAAGAUGUGUCAAAGUAACCCAUGUAAGCUUGGUACAGGUGAAAGCUGCUGGUUGUAAUGAGGGAUGUCAUUAAGUCACAGCUUCUAGCAGCAAUGCACAUUUAUCAGUAGCGCAGUGAUUUGUUUACAUGCACAGCUUGAGGCUGUCCCUUGUUGACUGUUCAGCAAAACUGGCAGACACACGGUAAAGUUUACUUGUUUCUAGGUGUUGAUGGAAAGGAUAAAUGUGUCUGUUGGUUUUGAUUUUUGUUUGAAAAUUUCUGACGUCUUCCUUGUUUUGAUGGUAGUCUUGCACUAUUUCUCAAAUUCUGGGAUACAUUAGUAGUUUUUGUGUUCUCAAUCUUGUUUGAACUUUUUUCCCGACUGAUGACUAUUUCAGAUUUAUUAAUGUGGCCUGGAAAUAUUGUACUUGAAGUUUCCAUCGGGCAAGGAAGGGUUACUGUCUCUUUUUUCCACCUGCCCGCACCCCCCUCCCUCCCUCCCUCCC